AUGCCUUCCGAUAACAAGCCAAACGAGGGCGAGAAGCAGUUCUCCAUCCAGCCCAUCAACGAGCAGGGCCACGACCCCAAGUUCGCGCCGUUUAAUGCCCACCCCGGUCCCGCCAGGACGCAAGAGAUGCCUCCCCAGGAGGGUACCAAGGAGGAGCGCCAGGCCAAGAAGGAGGCUCUGAAUAAAUGA